AUGUGGAAAUUCGUUCUCAUGCCCAACGAGAUCAAGGGCAUGGUCCUUGAUCUCAUGACAGCCGAAGACGUCUACGCCUUUACCAGAACAAGCAAAGACCAUUACCGGGCCUUCCGUGGAUUCAUCUGGAGGCGCUCACAUCCGAUAGCCGGCACUGCACUUUCCCGGGAAAUCCGAAGAUGGGCGUUCGAAAACAAGCUCAUCCGAGAGAAGGCCGCCACGGAGAGGCCGCACAUCGCCACAGCCGAAUGUGAGAUCAACUACAUUCUACGCAUGAACCGUCGGGUACUGCAGCUGGGCCAUUUUUGGCUGGCCGUGGAACUUGCGGACUGCAGUAUCAUAUCGCGACUGGCUAAAGAAACCAACAUUAAGGAAGAAUGGGAGGAGUUUAGAGACUUGGACCUGGGGGACGAGAAACGCCAAAUGUUCGAUGAUCUACUGAAGCUUUCACUAAAGCCGCCCACAAACGAUCUUGCUGAUGCUCUUCUUGAUCUUCUCAAGAUUGACAAAUCAUGUAAUGACGACAAAGGAGCCCAUCGUCUCACUCAAGCCUUGCUUGUGGCGUGCCGCUUUGGGAACUUGGAACUGGUCCAAAAACUUAUUGCGCUGGGUGCCGACCCCGAAGGAGUGCUUGAGUGUGAAUGGCCGCUCAUGGUGGCUUGCAACACCGGGAAAAAGGAGUUGUUUGACCUUCUUCUCAAAAGCGGAGCCAGUAUAAAUGGAAGCUAUGUGAAGCCAUCUCAGAUUACAACUUUGGGAGCGGCGAUUAAAGGGAAUAAUGCCGAGAUUGUCCACCACCUCCUCGACAACAAAGUAUUCAUCCAAGAGGUGAACAACACGAUAUUUUGCCACGCGGACAGGUUAUUUCAGGGAGGUUCCGACUCCCGUGAACAACUUGAAAUCAGGCAAAUGUUAUGCGAGAGGUUAGAUAUCAAGCGAGCAUGGCACUUCCCUGACAUCCCGGCAUGGCUUCGUGGCGCCGUAAAAGCCAACAAAUUGGAUAUGAUGGAGCUGCUGUUGGAGCCUCUGUUGGAGCCUCUGUUGGAGCAGGCGGCAGAUGAACCGACUUCUCCCCCCAAGCGCUGGAAAGCGUACGACGAACUGCUGGGCAUCGCUUUGGAUGAGCAAUCUUACGAUGUGGUUGACAUUCUGCUCGACGCUUUCCCCCAAGUUUUUCGCUCCGAAAGACUCAACACACUAUCAUGUAAAACCCGAGCCGGCAUUCUUGACAGAGCUAUGCAAACAGGCAAUAGUGCCCUUUUUUAUCCGGUUCUUUCGAUCGAGGACUUGAGAAAACAGAAGGAAAAUGGCGAUACGCUCUUGCAUUACAUCAGAGAGCCGAGCGCAGCUGAGAAACUACUUCUUGCAAGUCACAUCAGUAUUGAUGCUCUUUCAGGGUCGGACGAAACUCCGCUGUCCAAAGCCUGUUGUCAAAACAACAUGCAGAUGGUCGAAUUCCUACUUCGUCGAAAUGCAGAUAUGGAAGCCAAAGAUGACCGGGGAUGCAAGUACUUCCAAGUGGCCGUAGAAAAGGCAGAUGUCAAGUUGGUGUGCUUGCUUCUUGAAUAUGACGCCGAUAUAAGAUCUGGGAGUGCAAAUAUCGCAACAAAGUUAUCUAUGGCUAUCCACCAUAAAAGAUGGGCGGGACUUGAAGCUUUGCUUGUGAAAGGCCCGCCCGUACGCCUUUCAGUCUUUGAAAGAGCGGUGGAAGGGGAGGGAGAAUUAGUGGAAUUUGCAACGCUGCUUAUUCGAUUGAACAAAUACACAGAGGAUGUGGCGAGAAGACUAUUGGAUAUUGUGGUACAGGAUUCACAAGUCAAGCUCAGUAUCGUUAAGCGUCUGCUAGAAGGGGGAGCAGACCCGAGCCCAUCUCCGGAAGAUGCUCCGGAAGAUGCUCCGGAAGAUGCUCCGGAAGAUGCUCCGGAAGAUGCUCUGGAAGAUGCUCUGGAAGAUGCUCUGGAAGAUGCUCCGGAAGAUGCUCCGGAAGAUGCCCAAGGAUAUACUGAUAAAAUACACUCGCCUAUAAGCUGGGCAUGUUUCCACGGACGCAAGGACAUCGCCGAGAUACUGUUUCAUCAUGGGGCUAUAGUUGAGAAUGAUGAAGACGGGACAUCACCUUCGAAUGCCGGAGCGUGGACGACACUUCAGGCUGCCGUUGCGGGAGGACACAUAGAAAUGGUUCUUUGGUUGCUUGACGGCAAAGCAGGGAUCUCCCCGUCAAAAGGAGACCGAGAUAGUUGGCACAGCCUAUGCAUAGUCGCGGUCAAGGCGGAAAUCGGCAUGCUCAGAUUUCUCCUUGGGCGAGGCAAAGCGUAUCUGUCGCGUGAUGGCAUUGAGGACAUCCUGAAGGAGGGUGUGCAAAGAAAUCAAGUCCAGAUUGUCCAAUAUUUGAUAGAGGAUUUUGGUUUUACAAAGGCAGAUUUCGACCGCAUGCAUCUCUUGCACAGCGCGAGACAGAACAGACGGAUGAUGAAGACUCUGCAAAACUACGGAGCUGACAUCAACUUUUGA